UUUGGCGAUCUGUGUUAUAUUCUAUUAUUGACAUUUUGUAUUGAAAUGCAUGCCUUUUAGUUGAUGGCGCUUUCGCGGCCAAGUGGGGGCGCACUCGCGCUUGUUUACGCCAAGAAGGGCGCUUGCACAUGAAGAAGAGCGCUCACGCCAGAAGAAGACAGACUGCUGCGAAGCAACCAGCGAGUGGGCAAGUUAGAGAAAGAGGAAAAUACAGCCGUGAACCUACGUUCAUUGUUGGUGCUUGUAAAAUACCUCCACAGAAGCAACGCCUGUAUGUAUAAUUUUUUCUGUUGUUGUUAUGUAUUUUCCACUCGCAGUCGGACAUUUAGAGACAGUUGUGCAGUUGUUUGAAGGAUGCUAAUGCUAGCGGACGCAUGCUAACUAUUUGUGUUAUUGUUGUAUUGGAAGCUAAUUAUCAUUUAUUAUUAUGAUGCGGGCAUGUUUGUUAUUGGGGACGAAGUUGAUUGUAUUAUUUCUAUUUUUUAGUUUCACUCUUCAAGUGAUGGUGUUAUAAAGACGGCCAAAUAAAGUCAACAAAUCACACGGACGCCUAGCAUCGUCAUUUAAGAGUUUAGCUCGCUGUAAUAGCCAGGACCGAGCCUAGCGUCCUGGCGAGGACAGUACAGUGAAAAGGCGGGAAUUAUCUGGAGUUCUACAAGCGCACGCAGAGCUAAAAGAAAAUGGGAACACCUGACAACGCAUCAGUGCACUCAAGAACUACAACAAGAAGCUCUUGCUCAUCCACGUCCAGCGCAGCAAUCCGAGCUCGUGCUGCAGCAGAAGCAGCGAAGGCCAGAGCAUCGUUCGCCGAAACCGAAGCAAAGCUUAAAGUCGAAAGUGCAGAGCUUGAAUUGGGGAAAGCUAAGUUGGAGGCUAAACUAGAAGCCUUAGCAUUUCAAAGAGAAGCUGCUGCAGCCACCGCCGAAGCUGAAGCGUUGGAGGCCGCUGAGGAGCUGCAAGCAAGACGGACGGACGCAACCACUCAAGGAAUAUUCCAACAGGAUGUUGCAAAAAGAACUGAAAACUAUGUACAAACUCAAGCGGAGCUUAAAUCUCCACAAAGUUUGCGACAAGAAGCAGUAAAUACUACAGCACCUGAUCCGAAAUUACCAAAUGAGAGUUUUGUAACAUGGCAGGCCCCAUCGCAAAGAUUUUUGAAUGCCUCAGCACAAUCGUUUGUUCCUCAAGUACCUGCCACGCCCAAUAACGCUGCCCAAGAAACAGAAUAUUUUGCUCGCUACCUAGCUCGCCGCGAAUUGGUGAGUACGAGUCUCUAUCAAUUUGAUGAUAAGCCCGAAAGUUAUAGAGCCUGGAGGUCAUCAUUUGACAACGCUACUUCAAACAUUGGACUAACUGCUACUGAAAUGCUAGAUUUAUUGGUGAAGUGGCUCGGGCCAGAAUCCAAAAAGCACGUUUUAAGAAUACGCUCAGUACAUGCUAGUUAUCCCAAUGUUGCUUUAGAAAAGGCUUGGACACGCCUACAAGAGUGUUAUGCUGCACCUGAAGUGACAGAGAGGUCACUAUUCAAAAGACUUGAUGAUUUUCCUAAAAUAGCCGCAAAAGAUCACGCAAAACUGAGAGACUUGGGUGACUUACUCAUGGAGCUUGAAGGUGCUAAAGAAGAGGGCUAUUUGACAGGCUUGUCGUAUCUCGACACAGCGAGAGGCAUUGGGCCUAUAAUAGAAAAACUGCCUUAUGGGCUGCAAGACAAAUGGCUCUCAGUCGGCUCAAAAUUCAAAGAAGAAAAUGAAGGGCUCUUUCCUCCAUUUGACUUUUUCACCCACUUCAUUGUUACCGAAGCACGCAGGCGAAACGACCCAAGUUUCAUGCUUAAUUAUGAGCCACCUACAAGGAAUUACAAAGCAAAAAUAUCCGUUCACAAAACAGAAGUAGCAACAGAAAUAAAAAUGCCGACGAAUUCACGCACAACCCACACAGAAAAGAAAAUUGACAUUUCAGAGAAGAAUUGCCCAAUUCACAACAAAGCGCACCCUUUAAAGAAGUGCAGAGCGUUCAGAGCAAAAACCAUUGAAGAGAGGAGAACCAUCUUGAAAGAAAAUGGAUUCUGCUUCAAAUGUGUCACCCCAAGCAGCCAUCUUGCAAAAGACUGUAAAGCUAAAGUAAAAUGUAUCGAGUGUGACAGCGACCGACAUGAUACUGCGAUGCACCUUGGACUGCCUCAGGUCACCACUUACACUAGGCCUGCUCCCCCAGCAAACGACGGCGGGGAGGAGGAAGAAACCACUACUGACGACGCGGUUAGCUCACAAUGCACCCAAGUGUGUGGCGCAGCGCAGACAGGCAGAUCCUGCUCUAAAAUCUGUCUAGUCCGAGUCUACCAUCAAGGUCAGCGCGAUAAAGCAGCAAGAAUGUACGCGAUUCUCGACGACCAAAGUAAUCGCUCACUAGUCCGUUCAGACUUUUUUGAAUUGUUUCAAAUAAAGAGCCAACGUUUUCCAUAUCGAUUGAGAACUUGUGCCGGGCCCGUCGAAACAUCUGGCCGCAAAGCUGAGGGUUUCCAAAUGGAAUCCCUUGAUGAAAAGAUUGUCCUCUCACUUCCACCUCUCAUCGAGUGCGACGAUAUAUUGAACGACCGCUCCGAAAUCCCCACUCCGAACGCAGCACGAGCCCAGCCUCAUCUCACAAAGAUCGCCCGAUACAUCCCAGAGCUUGACCACAAUGCAGAAAUUCUAAUGUUACUGGGCAGAGACAUACUUAGAGUUCACAAGGUCCGCCAGCAAAUUAAUGGACCGCACAACGCACCUUUUGCGCAGAAAUUAGAUUUGGGAUGGGUUCUAAUUGGGGAUGUAUGUCUGGGAAAUGCACACAAACCCGCUGUAAACGCAUACAAAACAAAUGUGUUGGAAAAUGGUCGUCCAUCAAUCUGCACACCCUGCAACAGUUCUCUGAGGCUGAAAGAGAAUGCAUGUCAAGGCGGGGAACAACAAGCAUUAGAAGGUCUUCGACACAACGUCUUCAAUGAAACGAGCGUCGACAACAGAACCGGCCCUUCCAUGGAAGACACAAUCUUCUUGGAGCUGAUGGAAAAAGAAAUGUUCAAAGAUAAGUCGAAUCACUGGGUUGCACCCCUGCCAUUCAAGCUGCAACGUAAACUGCUCUCCAACAACCGUGAGUAUGCAUUGUCUCGUCUCAACUCGCUGCAAAAGACUUUAAAGAGAAAGCCAAAGGUGAGAGAUCAAUUUGUUGAAUUCAUGAACAAAAUCUUUCAAAACAAGCAUGCAGAAGUGGCCCCACCAUUGACAGAAAACGAAGAGUGUUGGUAUCUGCCCACCUUUGGUGUUUUUCAUCCACAGAAGCCCGAAAACAUACGCGUCGUGUUCGACUCCAGCGCAAAACAUUUAGGAACGUCACUCAACGACACACUCCUCAAAGGCCCCGAUCUCAACAACUCCCUUGUAGGAGUGUUGAUCCGCUUUCGAAAGGAACAAGUCGCUGUGCUUGCCGAUAUUCAGCAGAUGUUCCACUGCUUUCUUGUUCGUGCAGACCAUAGGAAUUAUCUCCGAUUUUUAUGGCAUAAGGACAAUGACACCUCAAAAGAAAUCAUCGACUACAGAAUGAGAGUGCACGUCUUCGGCAAUAGUCCUUCUCCAUCUGUAGCCAUCUACGGGCUCAGGAGAGCCAUACAGGAGAAUGCGCACAAAUAUGGAGCUGACACAGUCAGGUAUGUUGAACGUCAUUUUUAUGUUGACGAUGGCCUGAUCAGUGUUCCCACAGACAAUGAAGCUAUUAGUCUGCUACAAAGAACCCAAGCAUCCCUCGGUGAGUCUAAUUUGAGAUUGCACAAAUUCGCUUCAAAUUCUGACAAUGUCUUGCAAGCGUUCGCACCAGAAGAUCGUGCAGUCCUGAAAGACUUGGACUUAAGCGGGGAAACUAUGCCUGUUCAACGUAGUUUGGGCAUGCUGUGGGUAACCACUACGGACACCUUCACGUUCAAAGUUGCGGACAACAAAAAAGAAUUCACACGCAGAGGUGUUCUCUCUACAGUCAACAGCAUCUUCGAUCCUCUGGGCAUCCUCGCUCCGGUCACCAUUGAAGGUAAAAGCUUGUUGAGAGAAUUCUGUGUGGAUAAAUGUGAUUGGGACGAUCCUUUGCCAGAAGCAAAAUUGAAAGAAUGGGAGACAUGGAGAGAAUCCUUGGAUGAACUGAACAAGCUGCACAUUCCACGUGCAUACAGUCCGAACACGCUCACCAACGCUAAACACAAGUUCGUCGCAUUCUUCAGUCAACGACACCAGAACAGUGGUUCUACGUCAGCACGGACGACAACCCAGCGGACCAUGCAUCCAGCCACUCCAAUUGACAUCCUGAAGGUUCUAGAGCUUUCAGAGGACAUGGAGGGUGUGUCACUGGAGGCCGGACUGUGCAUCAGCAGGAUGGGCCGAGAGGAUCCGGACCUCUCCUUCAAGAUCAACAAGAAAAUCCAACUGAGUGCUCCCACCAAGCAGCUGUUCCCUGAUUCCUCCUUCCCAGAAGACUUCUCUCUGAUGACCACAGUUCGAGCUGCGAAGGGCUCACAAGUUUUUCUGCUGUCGCUGUACGACCCUCAGGGUACGCAACAGUUGGGUUUAGAGCUCGGACGAUCUCCUGUAUUUCUGUACGAGGAUCAGGACGGUAAACCCAUCCCGGAACUCUACCCCACUUUUAGGAAAAUCAACCUGGCGGAUGGGAAGUGGCAUCGAGUGGCAUACAGCGUGAAGGGUCAACAGGUUACGCUUUACUUGGACUGCGUCAAGCUGGAGACUUUGGAACUGCUGCGGGGGCCCCGACCGCAUGUCAGCACCGACGGCGUAACAGUGUUUGGAACGCGACUGCUUGACCAAAACGUCUUUGAGGGUGACAUCCAGCAGCUGCUUCUGGUGGACGACCCAGCGGCGGCUGAGACGUACUGUAGGGACUUCAUCCCGGACUGUGAUGCUCCAUUGCCCUACGAGAGCAUCCUUACUAACAUCGCUGCCGAUGAGGUGGAUGUGACGUCAAAGAAGCACGUGGUAGAGGAGUUGGAUGAGUAUGACUUAAGUGAUCUCUACGAGGACGUCUCCAUCUCCACAGUGACGGCUGGACCCAACCUCACCGAAUACGAGAUUUUUGAGUAUGAGGAUUACGACAACUCCACGGAUGACUACCAAGUGAAUGAAUACGAAUACGAAGAGGAAGAAGUGGACGAGCGAUACAGACCAGCUGAAAGGGAAGGAGGAAUCGGUCUGAACGCGCAGUAUGUUCCAGAGAAGGGAGAGAAAGGAGAGCCAGCCCUUUUGGGAGUGGGCACUCAAUUUGUGGGUCCAUACGGGCCUGCAGGACCUCAGGGACCAACGGGCCCUCCAGGAAUUACGGGGGUGGUGGGACCCCGAGGAGACCCCGGUGAACUGGGACCUCCAGGACUGCCGGGUAUGAAUGGAGUUGAUGGCAUACCAGGACCUCCUGGAAAUAUCUUGGUCUUACCGUUCCGGGCAGGCGGUGGUCAAAAAUCGGCUACCCUUUCGGCACAGGAGGCUCAAGCUCAGGCCAUCCUACAGCAGACCAAGUUGUCUAUGAUGGGCCCCCCUGGUCCACUUGGCCUUAGAGGACGACCUGGUCCACUUGGCACACCAGGUCCAUCUGGCCUGAAGGGCAGCAACGGAGAAGUGGGACCACCGGGUUCACCUGGAGCCCCAGGAAUCCCAGGACUGAAUGGGCGCCCUGGAAAAAGGGGGCGAUCGGGAGCAGAUGGUGGGCGAGGUGACAUUGGCGAGACGGGUGUAAAGGGGGACAGAGGCUUCGACGGUCUGCCUGGUCUACCUGGAGACAAGGGACAUAAAGGCGAAAGAGGGAAGCCAGGGCCGCAAGGUCCUGACGGAGAGCCAGGAGAAAAGGGUUCCGAGGGCCCGCCAGGACCAAGAGGACAACCAGGCGAUGCUGGCUCAAGAGGAAUGAAUGGCCCCCGAGGUCGUCCUGGACCCGCAGGACAGUCAGGCAUUCGGGGAAUCGAUGGUGCUCAAGGUUCAAAGGGCAACAUUGGGCUCCUUGGAGACAUUGGAGCACCAGGACAGCAAGGCAGUCCUGGAAUUCAGGGCUUUCCUGGUCCUCAGGGAUUAGUCGGACUACCUGGAGAGAAGGGGCCACAAGGGAAGAAAGGGAUGCAGGGUUUACCUGGAAACGACGGCCCUCCAGGUCAUCCCGGACGGGAAGGUACUCCUGGUGAAAAAGGUUUACCGGGUCCCAUGGGAGUGCAGGGGCCUGUUGGAUACCCUGGACAACGAGGAGUAAAGGGAGCAGAUGGCAUCAGAGGACUGAAAGGCAGUAAAGGCGAGAAGGGUGAGGACGGGUUACCUGGAGCCAAGGGCGAGAUGGGCGGCAAAGGUGACGGAGGCGAGGACGGCGCCACGGGAGUACGUGGUGAAGAUGGACCGGAAGGAGCCAAAGGGCAGACGGGACCUCUGGGAGAACCGGGACCCGCGGGCAUACCUGGAGAGAAGGGAAAACUAGGAAUACCCGGAUUGCCAGGAUAUCCUGGACGACUUGGCCCAAAGGGUUCUGAUGGAUUUCCUGGAGGAAUGGGAGCUCCCGGAGAGAAAGGCAAAAAAGGUCCUGCAGGACAACCAGGAGGUGCAGGACAAAGGGGUCCAAACGGUUCACGGGGAGGAAGAGGAGCAAAAGGACCCACAGGGAAACCUGGAGAAAAGGGUGCCUCUGGGCAUGACGGCUCCCAAGGAUCAACUGGCGAAAGAGGACCACAAGGACCACAAGGAAGGAGUGGAGAGCCAGGACCCAAAGGAGCAAUUGGCCCAGGCGGAAAAGAUGGCCUUCCGGGGCAUCCGGGUCAGCGAGGUGAACCGGGAUUCCAAGGGAAGACAGGACCCCCAGGACCCUCUGGUGUGGUGGGGCCACAGGGAAAAUCAGGAGAGCCUGGCCCCACAGGGGACAGAGGGCACCCGGGUUCACCGGGUGUACCCGGAGAACAUGGUUUACCUGGUUCAGCUGGGAAAGAAGGUGGAAAGGGUGAUCCUGGAUUACCUGGAACAGUGGGGAAGAAUGGACCCCCAGGACUGAAAGGAUUUAGGGGUAUCAGAGGCGCACCAGGCGUUGUGGGGCCUCCUGGUCUAAAAGGAAGUGCAGGACCCUCUGGAGCACCAGGUGCUAUUGGGCCGGGCGCCGAGAGAGGCCCCCCCGGGCCAGCUGGAGCCAUCGGACAGCCAGGCCGAGCCGGACCUAUUGGAGGGCCAGGAGCAACGGGAGAGAAGGGCGAGCCUGGUGAGAAAGGUCCAAUUGGACCCGUUGGUCAGGAUGGAGAACAGGGACCAGUGGGCAUGCUUGGAGCUACAGGUCCUCUAGGACCUGCAGGAGAUGAUGGAGAUAAGGGGGAGCAAGGAGGACCAGGUCAGAAAGGAAGUAAAGGCGAUAAAGGCGAAGCUGGACCCCAAGGACCGACCGGUACUCAGGGGCCCCUUGGGCAACCAGGACUUCCUGGUCAAGACGGGGAGGUAGGGCCCCGGGGACAGCAGGGAAUGUACGGACCCAAAGGAGAUGAGGGACUUCGUGGUUUUAAGGGUUUGAGAGGACCAAUCGGAUUACAGGGAAUGCCCGGUCUUCCUGGUGAAAAAGGCGAGAGCGGACAUUCUGGACUGAUGGGUCCACCUGGGCAACAAGGACCCAUCGGUUCUCAAGGACCAAUCGGUGGACAGGGGCCGGUGGGUCGGCCGGGUAUGGUCGGACAGCCUGGUGUGGUUGGAGAAAAGGGAGAGGAUGGUGAAUCUGGUGAUCCUGGCCCAGUUGGCUUUUCAGGAAAGAUAGGUGAGACGGGUGACCAAGGCGAGAAAGGAGAUGCUGGUGCUCCCGGAGCAGCUGGUCCUCCAGGUUCUCGAGGCACUCCAGGGGAGGACGGAGCCAAGGGCAAUGCGGGUUCUAUUGGUCUCACUGGGGACAUUGGUCAGCAAGGGGAGGCUGGACCCAAUGGUUUUGAUGGCCUUCCUGGGUCUAAAGGAGAUACCGGAGAGCCUGGAAAAUCUGGACCACCAGGAGCAGCGGGAGAACCAGGACCACCAGGACCUCCGGGUCGAAGGGGUCAUCUGGGGAAAGCUGGGAAAGACGGAAAGGAAGGCCGGAAAGGAGCCAAAGGUGCUCCUGGAUUUGAGGGUCCAAUUGGAAAAACAGGGCCAGUGGGUCGUCAGGGGCAGGCCGGCAAGGCUGGCCCACAGGGUCUUCGAGGGAUUCCUGGUCCUCCUGGUGAGCAAGGCUUAAAUGGGCCAUCAGGCCAGACAGGACCACCCGGUCCAAUGGGUCCACCAGGGUUAGUCGGACUAAAGGGAGACCAUGGAAAAAUCGGAGACAAGGGGCAUGGGGGUCUCAUAGGUUUGAUCGGGCCCCCAGGAGACAUCGGGGAAAAGGGAGACCGAGGGCUGCCGGGAAGCCAGGGACUACCAGGUCCAAAAGGAGAUGAGGGUCCUGUUGGCCUAGCAGGUCCUGUUGGCCCGCCUGGUGUUACAGGUCUAUCUGGCGCUAUCGGUAUAAAGGGCUCUAAAGGAAAUCCGGGUCCAGCUGGAUCCCCAGGAGACACUGGACCCGCAGGACCUCCAGGACCCCCUGGACUGCCAGCGAGCUCCCCAAUGUGGGAACGAGGGCGACAAAGGCGAACCCACAAUCUGGAUGGUGUGGUUCUGGAAGGGGAGGACGAGAUGGUGGAUGGCGGCAAGGAGGACGAGGAGUGGAUUCAGGGGGAUCAGGCCAAGUCAGACACAUGGACUAACGAAAAGAAUGAGGGCCAAGGCAUGGAGGAGGUGUUUGCUUCGCUGUCAUCCAUGAAAGUGGAUGUUGAGGGCCUGCGCACUCCACAGGGAACCUACCACAGCCCCGCUCGGUCCUGCAAGGAGCUCUGGCUACUCAGUCCAGAACUUCCGAAUGGGGAUUAUUGGAUUGACCCCAACCAAGGCUGCCACCGAGACUCCUUCAAGGUGUUUUGCAACUUUACCGCUCAGGGCGAGACAUGCCUCUAUCCAGACAAGAAGUUUCAGUCGGUAAAGCUGGCCGGGUGGAAAGGGGAAAAGCCCGGCACCUGGUACAGUAAAUUCCGGAAAGGCAAAGAGUUCUCGUACACCGGUGCGGAUGGCGCUCCAGUUCACGUGGUGCAGAUGAACUUCCUCAAGCUGGUUAGUGUGACGGUCAGGCAGACGUUCACCUACCACUGCCUUAAUUCGGCCGCCUGGCUGAAUAGUGCCAAUGGCGGCCACCAGUUAGCGUUACGCUUUCGCGGCGGUGAUGGCGAAGAGCUGACGCAUGAAAACACGAACUACAUCCGUGCACUCUAUGAUGGCUGUCAGACGCGCUCGGGGCAAGAGAGGACGUUGUUAGAAAUGGACGCCCCACACUCACUCACGCUGCCGGUGAUCGACGUGGCCGUGAGCGACUUUGGCAACCCAGGCCAGAAGUUCGGCUUCCAGGUCGGAACGGUUUGCUUUGGCGGUUAAAGUUUCCGGACAGGAUGGAAAGGGACAAAAACAAAAAGAGCAAAACUGACUGACUCUUUUAGUAUGCAGGGAAAAGAAAAACAAACUACUUCCAAGACUUUGAAAAGGUGCCUUGUCAUAUUUAUGUCGUUUUUCUUACUGAAUAGGUUGCAUGCUAGCCUAGUGGUUAGCAUGCCUUCCUGUGUGGAGUUUGCAUGUUUUUCCCAUACUUCAUUGGGUUUUCUAUUGCUUCCUCCCACAUUCAAAAACAUGCAGGGUAGGUUUAUUGAAGACUCUAAAUUUUCCAAGAGUGUAAAUGAUUUGUUUUUGUCUCCCUGCAAAUGUCUGGCGAUCAGUCCAGGGCGUACCCCAUAACAUGCUAAGCUGUGCUCCCAACCACAAGGAGAUCAAAUAUUAUUUUAAAAAAUGAAUGGAUGAUUACUGACGGUUGCCGUUACACACUGCUGCACUGUUUUAAUAGUUGCCAGUACACAAAAAUGCAAAAACACUUGAAUGGUUGCAUUUUGACCCAAAUUUACCAAAAACCUCAUUGCUGUUGUUUAUUCGUUUUUAGCCUUGUUGUUAUGCUUAAGUGUGUUGUUGUGAUGUCACCAUGGUGCUAUUGUCUAUAAAGGGAAAUUAGGGCAGUGCAUUGUUUGUGUUUUUAUAUAUUGAAAAGAUUCACAUUUUUUGUAUGGGAAAGUGACUUAAUAACAAAGAAGUACGUACAUAAUGUACAUUAAAAUAUUAAAUAUCUUCCCUGUUUUAUAGUAUUUUUAUUUGCAUGUUAUUUUCCUUCUUUAACAGGUCUACAUUUUAUA